AAUUUCGAAAAUAAGGCAGAAAAUUUAAGAUUUUUAUAGCAAAAAUAAGAAGGUGGAAAGUUAAAAGUUUAUAUUUACUUUUACGCUUAUAAAAUGAAAAAUCAAAAGUGCCCUCACAAAAAAAAAAAAAAAAAAGGUUUUGGGUUUGGGCUUAAUAAGAUAAUAUAAUACUCUAAGCCCCAUUUGAGUGAAUGGCGUUGAGCCAUGGUGCUGCACUAUUAAGACUUCUUCAGUAGUUGUUCUUCUCUGAGUUUGUCGGAGAAAAGCAGAAAGAGUCACUUUUAGCGCGUUGUAAUUGAUGUCCAAUUGCAAUUUGACUGGAUUUCCUUGUCACAGUAACCUUUCACUUCCUCCUGCAUAGAGUGUUUGUUAGGAUUUGGUUCUGUUGGCUGGACUUAAACAUCAGCGGUAGAUCAUAAACAUUUCAACAGUCCCCUUCUGAGUCCCGGAGUUGGACGUAAUUUUUGAGUUCGAUUGAUUGCAAUGUCUCUCCGAAAGCCCCCGCUCCCUCGUCUCCUCCUCAACAAUGUCUCUUGCAUGAGGAAUGCCCAGCAGAUCUUGCGACAUGUAAAUGCCACAGUUCACGACGGUGGAGCACUUGUGCUGAUGGGCACCAAUGGCUCGGGCAAGACUACCUUCCUGCGCAUGUUAGCCGGCUUUUCUAAGCCUUCUGCUGGCCAGGUCCUCUGGAAUGGUCACGACAUCACAGAUUCAGGAGUUUUCCACCAGUACAAGCUCCAACUCAACUGGCUCUCCCUCAAAGACGCGGUCAAAGAGAAGUUCACAGUCCUCGACAAUGUCCAGUGGUUUGAAGUCCUUGAAGGGAAGAUGGGGAAUUCCCUGCCUGCUUUAGAGUUGAUGGGCCUUGGCAGAUUGGCCAAGGAGAAGGCGAGAAUGCUGUCAAUGGGGCAGCGGAAAAGACUACAGCUCGCUAGGUUGCUGGCAAUCGACAGACCUAUUUGGUUGCUCGACGAGCCCUCUGUUGCAUUGGAUACCGACGGGGUGAAGCUGCUCGAGUACAUCAUUGCAGAGCAUAGAAAGAAAGGCGGCAUUGUCAUUGUGGCAACACAUCUGCCUAUCGAGAUCAAAGACGCGACAUACCUGAGGCUGCCAGCUAGGUUCCCAAGGAGAAUGACCUUGGUAGAUAUGCUUGAUCGCUCAGACUUUUGAUUCUGUCCCUAUUCUUGUUUACACACAAAACCUGAGCAAGAAGCAAAAUUUGUAGCCAUUGCGAUUGAUUUCUAUUAUAAGACCAAAAUGUCCUUAGCCUUUCCGAGCAUGCACAUUGACCAAAAUACCCCUUCAGAGCACUAUAUAAGAGCCCUGGAGAUGGGAUUCUAGGGUUUUCAGGACGCUCAUUAGUUUAAGAUUGAGGCUUUGCUCUCAGAGAGCUUGCCCUCUCUGAAUGUCUGUGAAGCCGAUGAUUUGAACCAUUUGAUUCGUUACAACUCUCUCUCUCUCUCUCUCUCAUCAUCAUCAUCAUCAUCAUCUUCUUCUUCUUCUUCUAGCUUCUUCUUCUUCUUCUUCUUCCUCAUAAAACCGAAUGUCACAGAGGCGGUGAUGAUUUUUUACAGUUUGUAUAACUCAGACAGUGGGGAGAGGUGAACCGGUUUUCUUGGCGGGGCGACCCGGUUGUUCUUGUUGGUGAAAUGACGUUUCUGUCCUUUCACGGCCAACGACCGUGGUUGCAGCCACGGAAGGCGGCGCUGCCUUACUCUCUUGUCUGACAGAAGGCGAAUCUGAGCCUCGCCCCCACCGCCCUUUUUUAUAUUAAGUUAUAUUAUUUUUAUUUAAUAA